CCACGCGAGGCCUACCCUCGCUCCGCACCACGCGGGGACCGCCGACUGCAGAACCGCGUCGGCCACGCAGAGCUGCACACCCCUCCCACUGAGGCGCCUCUCGAGAAAGACCGUGCUCUAGUGCGGGGGGAAUUUAUUACUUAGCCCGAGUCCAAGAUGGCGACCUGUGGUGACGUAAGCAAGAUCUCGUGAGAGCUCGAGGCCGCGAUUUAUGGGCGCCCGCGCUUCCGCCUGAGGGGCGGGGCUCCCCACGGAGCUGGUGUCUGCGGCGGCGAACUGCGAGCGGCGGGGAGCGAGGGGCGUGAUCGCGCCAUGUGUGCUGGGACCGCCUCUCCGGGGCGGGGCCUACUCCAGAACCGAGCGCGGGACGGAUGAAAAUACGCCGCCUGAAAGUUUCCCGCCUGGAGGGACCAGAGCCGAGCGGCUUCCGAGGUGCCGGUCCUUGCGGGAUACAGAAAUUAAAUAGGCCAUCAACCUUGCAAGGAGAGAGAAGUAAAAAAGAAGUCUGAAGAUGAAGGCAUUUCAGAUCAUUUGCAGACAUCUCAGAAAUUCAAGGUUUUUUUUGGUACAACCAGCCCCCCUUGUGGAUUUUUCUACUUCCUCUUAUUCAUGGGGCCGUAAGAAAAAAGGGAACCCUUAUGAAGAAGUGGACCAAGAAAAGUAUUCUCAUUUGGUACAGUCUGUCUUGUCAUUCCGAGGCCUUACUCAGACCCCAGAAUCAUUGUUCCAAGAAGAUGCAUUACUCUAUGGACCCGUGAGUAAUCAUAAGUCCCCAACAGAAGAUGAAAGGAGAGUUCCACAAAACUGGUUUCCUAUCUUCAAUCCCGAGAGAAGUGAAAAACCAAAUACAAGCCAUCCUUCUGUGCCUUUGAAAAUCCCUUUACAAAGGAAAGUGAUACCAAGUGUGACCCGGGUUCUUCAGCAGACCAUGACAUCGAAACAAAUUUUCUAUUUGGAGCGGUGGAAACAGCGGAUGAUUCAGGAUCUGGGAGAAGAUGGCUUUGCAGAGUAUACUUCAAACAUCUUUUUACAAGGCAAACAGUUCCAUGAAUCCUUGGAAAGCAUUCUUUCACCCCAGGGAACCUUAAAAAAGAGAGAUGAAAAUCUUGAAUCUGGCUAUAUUGAAAGUGUCCAGCAUAUUCUGAAAGAUGUCGGUGGAGUUCGAGCUCUCGAAAGCGCUGUUCAGCAUGAACACUUAAACUAUGUGGGUCUGCUGGACUGUGUGGCCGAGUAUCAGGGCAAGCUGUGCGUGAUUGAUUGGAAGACAUCAGAGAAACCAAAGCCCUUUCUCCGAAACACAUUUGACAACCCACUACAAGUUGUGGCAUACAUGGGGGCCGUAAACCACGACACCAACUACAGCUUUCAGGUCCAACGUGGCUUAAUUGUGGUGGCCUACAAAGACGGAUCCCCCGCCCACGCCCAUUUGAUGGAUGCAGAACUCUGUUCCCAAUACUGGACCAAGUGGCUUCUUCGGUUAGAGGAAUAUACAGAAAAGGAAAAGAGCCAGCACAUUCAGAAACCAGGUUAGGGAGCAAGACACCAUUUGGGAACAUUCAGAUUUUCUCAUAGUUUAGGAAGAUUUAUUGCUGUUCACUUUGACUAAAAAUGGGGGUACCACUGAGUCUGUGAUCUGCGUUAAUACAAGCAGAAGUAUUAAUUGGUUGAAAUUUAGUGCCACCACAAAAACCAAGAAGCCAGAAAAGUCUAGCUCUAAAGAACCGGACUUCAGGACCAGCAGUUGGCAUAAUGGCUAUGUCGCAGGACUCCCACAUAGCAGACCACGAUUUGAGUCCCGGACCCGGUGGCUUAAACUCAAGCCAGGCACGUGUGCAUGCAUGCCCAA